AGGCAUGCACAAAGAAGGUUGCCAAAGGGCAGUGUGUCGUGGAAAAACGCCUACACCUCUAAAUAAAGGGCAAGAACCGAUUCCACGCAGACUCAUGAUCAUGGUAGCACCAUUUCUUCUUCUAUUCCUUAUUAGCUCACAAACUCACAGUCAAAAACUUACAACGGAGGAGAACGAGCUCAACAACAAAAGGUGCGGCGUUCAUUUCCUAGGACAGCCAAUCCAAUCAAACCGUUUGGUCAAAAAGUCUUAUGGAGGUCGAGAAUUCGAAGAAAAUGAAUACCCUUGGACUGCUGUGAUAUUAAGACAUGGACAACCAACGUGCAGUGGUGUUCAGAUAUCUCCACGACAUAUUUUAACAGCUGCUCACUGUGUGUUGGUCUAUGACGAUUUGGAACAAAGAGUGUUAUGUGCUAUGAACUUGUCCUACAGCGUUGUCCCCGUGCUUAGCAUGCCAGAAGAUAUGUCAGUUUUCAUCGGAGGUGGGAAAGUCUACUGUGGCGGAGUUUUUUGUCAGUACAAUAAGACAUUGUACAAAGUGAAGAAGAUUACCUCGAAAGAAAUGAAUGUUUGCAGUUUUAAAGAUGAUUUGGCACUUAUUGAACUCAGCCAAAAUAUCUCAGAAUAUGACUCGACACCGAUUUGUAUGCCCGAUGAUUAUACGGAGUUGAAUCCUGUCCUAUAUGCAAGCGGCUUCGGAUUAGAUCCUUCAAGCCCUAUCACUUUCGACAACCCAAGCGGCGAUCAAGCACAUGGACAGCAAGUUGUGGCACUUCGUUACGACGCAGUCGAUCAGUCACUUCACCUGAUUCGAACUAAGACUUUUGCAAAAACAAUAUACCCAGGAGAUAGUGGAGGUCCACUGUUUCAAGUGGACCAAGAGGGACAUCAACUAAAACAUGAUAAACUAUUUCAAUGCCGUCAAACCGAAUUUGGAUUGGAUUUGCAAAUAUUCAGGUGUGUGCCCAGUGGAAGAAGAAUUUGGACUCCCGAAUUAGCUAAGGAAUUAUCCACAAGCAAUUGCGACUUUAUAGAGCAAAAAUCAACAACAACCAGUCGCUUCAGAAGCUGCCACGGAAGGAAAGUGUAGUGCUACCGUAUCCUAGUCUAUGUUAUCAGAUUACAGAAUCAUGUUAGAUGCUUUUACGAUUUUCUACCAGAGUCAACGCACACAUCAGUACAAAUCUCCUUACACAAGUUUCAAUAAGUGCCUUUGAUACAUGUAGUUCAAACACAGUACGGAUGAAAACUAGCGAAGCAUGAACUAGUCGUACCUUGUGCGAUUUGUAUGUAUAACUUUCUAUAGAGCGUACAUUGCCAAUUUUUGUAUCGUUC